UUGAUCUCAGGUUUUCAAGAAUACCCCCUAGAGACCCAGUCUGUGUUCUGUAUCAUCGCUCGAGCUUUCAGAGUAGCCUUGCUUUUCCCCUUGACAUGGUCAUGUUUGAUCUUCCUGCACUGCUGGGAAAUCUUCCUUUUGGGGGAGAGGAUUAGGUCUGGGUUGAGAUCUUUACUGUUCCAAAAGUUCAGCGAAAGAUGACUUUUUCUUUACUCCGACAACCUUUAGAGGUGGAGCGAGUAUCAGUGGUGGUGUUUCGGUCGGCCACCUAUUGAGACCUGGUGAAAGAUCAGGUAGUUCUACAGUAAAAAGAAAUUGCUUGAAAUGGAACGGAUAGUGAAAGCCAAUGACCGUGAAUAUAAUGAAAAGUUCCAGUAUGCGGAUAAUCGUAUCCACACAUCGAAAUAUAAUAUUCUCACCUUCUUGCCAAUUAAUUUAUUUGAACAGUUCCAAAGAGUGGCAAAUGCCUAUUUUCUUUGCCUUCUGAUUUUACAGCUAAUUCCAGAAAUCUCCUCCUUGACCUGGUUUACCACCAUUGUGCCUUUGGUCUUGGUGAUAACUAUGACAGCUGUCAAAGAUGCCACAGAUGACUAUUUUCGCCACAAGAGUGAUAAUCAAGUGAAUAAUCGGCAGUCUGAAGUGCUCAUCGACAGCAAACUACAGAAUGAAAAAUGGAUGAAUGUCAAAGUGGGAGACAUCAUUAAAUUAGAAAAUAACCAAUUUGUUGCUGCUGAUUUACUUCUCCUAUCAAGUAGUGAGCCACAUGGUCUCUGUUAUGUUGAAACUGCUGAGCUUGAUGGGGAAACGAACCUAAAAGUCCGCCAUGCACUAUCAGUUACUUCGGAACUUGGAGCAGAUAUCAACAGACUUGCAAGGUUUGACGGGAUUGUUGUCUGUGAGGCGCCUAACAACAAGUUAGAUAAAUUCAUGGGAAUCCUUUCUUGGAAAGACAGCAAGCACUCCCUCAACAAUGAGAAGAUAAUCCUGAGAGGCUGCAUCCUGAGAAAUACCAGCUGGUGUUUUGGAAUGGUUAUUUUUGCAGGUCCUGACACUAAACUAAUGCAGAAUAGUGGUAAGACGAAGUUUAAAAGGACAAGCAUUGAUAGAUUGAUGAAUACUCUAGUACUAUGGAUUUUUGGGUUUCUGAUAUGCUUGGGAAUUAUUCUUGCAAUAGGAAAUUCAAUCUGGGAGAGUCAAAUUGGGGACCAAUUUAGAACUUUCCUCUUUUGGAAUGAAGGAGAGAAGAGCUCUGUGUUCUCCGGAUUCUUAACAUUCUGGUCAUAUAUUAUUAUUCUCAAUACAGUUGUACCCAUUUCCUUAUAUGUGAGCAUGGAAGUAAUUCGUCUAGGACACAGUUAUUUUAUAAACUGGGACCGGAAGAUGUAUUAUUCUCGAAAAGCAACACCUGCAGAGGCUCGGACGACCACGCUCAAUGAGGAAUUGGGGCAGAUUGAGUACAUUUUCUCCGACAAAACGGGUACCCUCACUCAAAACAUCAUGACCUUUAAAAGAUGUUCCAUUAAUGGGAGAAUCUAUGGUGAAGUACCUGAUGACCUGGAUCAGAAGACUGAAAUAACUCAGGAAAAGGAGCCUGUGGAUUUCUUAGUCAAAUCUCAAGUGGAUAGAGAAUUUCAGUUCUUUGACUACAAUCUGAUGGAAUCCAUUAAAAUGGGUGAUCCCAAAGUUCAUGAAUUCCUUAGGGUACUUGCUCUCUGCCACACUGUAAUGUCAGAAGAGAAUAGUGCAGGAGAGCUGAUUUACCAAGUUCAGUCACCUGAUGAAGGGGCUCUAGUGACUGCUGCUAGAAAUUUUGGGUUCAUUUUUAAAUCCCGGACCCCAGAGACCAUAACAAUAGAAGAACUGGGAACACUGGUUACUUAUCAAUUACUUGCCUUUUUGGAUUUCAACAACACCAGAAAAAGGAUGUCUGUCAUAGUUCGAAACCCGGAAGGACAGAUAAAGCUUUACUCCAAGGGAGCAGAUACUAUUCUGUUUGAAAAACUUCAUCCUUCCAAUGAAGUCCUUCUCUCUUUGACGUCAGACCACCUCAGUGAAUUUGCAGGGGAAGGCCUUCGGACCUUGGCCAUUGCACACAGAGACCUGGAUGACAAGUACUUUAAAGAGUGGCAUAAGAUGCUUGAAGAUGCGAAUGCUGCCACAGAAGAGAGGGAUGAACGAAUAGCUGGGUUGUAUGAAGAAAUUGAAAGAGAUUUGAUGCUACUAGGUGCCACUGCUGUAGAAGAUAAGUUACAAGAGGGUGUUAUUGAAACAGUUACAAGUUUAUCACUAGCCAAUAUUAAGAUCUGGGUCCUAACAGGAGACAAACAAGAAACUGCCAUCAACAUCGGUUAUGCCUGCAACAUGCUGACUGAUGACAUGAAUGAUGUGUUUGUGAUAGCAGGGAAUAAUGCUGUGGAAGUGAGAGAAGAACUCAGGAAAGCAAAAGAAAAUUUGUCUGGACAAAACAGAAAUGUUUCCAAUGGCCAUGUAGUUUGUGAAAAAAAGCAGCAGCUGGAGUUGGAUUCUAUUGUAGAAGAAACCGUAACAGGAGAUUAUGCCUUAAUCAUAAAUGGCCACAGUUUGGCUCAUGCCCUAGAAAGUGAUGUCAAGAGUGAUCUCCUAGAACUUGCUUGCAUGUGUAAGACUGUAGUUUGCUGCAGGGUCACUCCACUCCAGAAAGCCCAAGUGGUAGAGCUGGUGAAGAAGUACAGAAAUGCUGUUACUUUGGCCAUUGGUGAUGGAGCCAAUGAUGUCAGCAUGAUUAAAAGUGCUCACAUUGGUGUUGGCAUCAGCGGCCAGGAAGGAUUGCAAGCAGUCUUAGCCAGCGACUAUUCAUUUGCACAGUUUAGAUAUCUUCAAAGGCUUCUCCUUGUUCAUGGAAGGUGGUCUUAUUUCCGAAUGUGCAAAUUCUUAUGCUAUUUCUUCUAUAAGAAUUUUGCAUUUACACUUGUGCAUUUCUGGUUUGGUUUCUUCUGUGGUUUCUCAGCCCAGCUGAAACUGUCAGAUGCCAUCAUCAACGGGUUGAAGAUUUGUGUCAGCUGCUCUGAUUUAAAAAAAAAAAAAAAAAAAACUGUUUAUGACCAGUGGUUCAUCACCCUUUUUAACAUUGUUUACACAUCACUGCCUGUUUUAGCCAUGGGGAUUUUUGACCAGGAUGUGAGUGACCAGAACAGCAUGGACUGUCCCCAGCUCUACGAACCAGGACAGCUGAAUCUACUUUUUAACAAGCGUAAAUUUUUCAUUUGCGUGUUACAUGGAAUCUACACCUCAUUAGCCCUUUUCUUCAUCCCCUAUGGGGCCUUUUACAACGUGGCUGGAGAAGAUGGGCAACAUAUUGCUGAUUACCAGUCCUUUGCAGUUACUAUGGCCACAUCUUUGGUCAUUGUGGUCAGUGUGCAGAUAGCCUUGGAUACCAGUUACUGGACUUUCAUUAAUCAUGUCUUCAUCUGGGGGAGCAUUGCCAUUUAUUUCUCCAUUUUAUUUACAAUGCACAGUAAUGGCAUCUUUGGCAUCUUCCCAAAACAGUUUCCAUUUGUUGGUAAUGCACGACAUUCCCUGACCCAGAAGUGCAUCUGGCUGGUAAUUCUCUUAACAACAGUGGCUUCGGUUUUGCCAGUGGUGGUAUUCAGAUUUUUGAAGGUGAAUUUAUACCCAACCCUGAGUGAUCAGAUCCGCCGGUGGCAGAAGGCUCAGAAGAAGGCAAGGCCUCCAAGUAGCCGAAGGCCUCGGACCCGCAGGUCAAGCUCAAGAAGGUCUGGAUAUGCUUUUGCUCACCAAGAGGGCUAUGGAGAACUUAUCACAUCUGGAAAAAAUAUGCGAGCUAAAAAUCCACCCCCAACAUCAGGGCUGGAAAAGACACAUUAUAAUAGCACUAGCUGGAUUGAAAAUUUAUGUAAGAAAACCACAGACACAGUGAGCAGCUUUGGCCAGGAUAAAACAGUGAAACUCUUACCAAAGAGCUGCUAAACCCUGUGGUGACAUUUUACCUGGGUCAUUUGAAUGCUCAGUUUCUUGUUAAUGAUUCAUGAAGAUAUCUCCACACCCUCCUUUCCUCUCUCAUCAUUUUGAGUAACAAAAGUAUCCAGAUGUGAAGGUAAGACACUCAUGUCCAGCUAAGAAGAGGAUCAUUUAAAAGUCCUCCCUACCUUGAAUCUGGGCUUAUGGAGAUUCUUUGAGCCUCUGUUCCCUUGGGACCCAAGUUGGCGCAACAGAGCUUGAACAAUUUUCUUCAUAGUUAUACAGCACUUUGCAGUUUGUGUAUCAUUCUUACAUAAACUGUAUUGUGUCUGUGUAGAUUUAAAAUGUGCAGAUCUAGGGAAGAUGUGUAAACAGAUGUAAAAAUGUUCAGAAAUAUAUGUUUCAAAUGUUCUUUUACCUUUCAGUGCAAAUAAAAAUCUCCCUUCCUUCCUUUCCUACAGCAUUUAGUGACGUUAGGUAGGUGUGGAAGGCAAAGGAAAUAAAAAUGUCUCAAACUAUUUCUAAAAAGUCACUAGGAAAUCCAACUAAUCAGAAAAGCUCUACUUCUGAUUUUUAUGGUAAGAAAUUGAAUUACUCUGUUAGUGUGUGCACAAAAUGCCUCAAGAUUGAUAUGAUCUAAUUAUCUCAGUUAUAUGACUCAGAAUUAUUAUUUUACACUACAAAGAGUAGGCACAGUGGAGGAAUCCAGUAAUAAUGAUGACUUACAGACUUUGUGAUGGGAUUCUGCAGGCCUUGGGUCAGAUAACCAUGUGGGGGUCACAAUUUUCCAAUUUUUACAUUAACAUCUGGUAUUAAAUGUCUGCAGUUUGCUCUACUGCGUCACAUUUCAUUCCUUGGUGAGAAAUCAUCAGCUUUUGCAAUUCUCUAGCCUAAGCCUUUAGCUGAACUGCCUGGAAGCCAGAACUAAAUGACCCACGUAUUACCAAAUGUGUAUUGCAAAAGAUUUGGAGGGACUUGCUGGGCUAAUCUGUAGUUUGGGGCUCUGACUUAACCCUAUCUGUCCUCGAAUUUCAAAACUUCCUGGCAGAUCUAUUCCUGUAAUUGGUGCAGAAUGCAAAUCAGCUUGGAGCUGCAUACAUAAACAUCCAGAUUUCAAGAAAUAAUAAUGAUUAAUUGGCCAGAUAUCUCUGGCUAUCUCAAUUCAGAUUCCCAUAAGGUUUAACAAGGGCAAGUUAAAAUUGUUAAUAAACUGCAGCCCUAGACUUACACAGAAAAUUCUUACUGGAGCAGGAUGCGUGGAGAGAUGAUAGUUAACUAGGAAAUAAAGUAAUGAUCAAGAAGAAAUGUAGUUGUUUCGCCUCUUGUCAUAAAUGUUUCUAUACUCCCUGCCUUCUUCUAGGUAAAUGUGAGCAAUGAUUAGGAUGCUGCUUUGACAGCUGAUGAUUUUCCUUCUUGUCCCCUUUCUGUCUCUGCUCAGUAUGUGGCACUAUAGAGAUAUAGAAGUAUGAGAUAAUGCACAAAGAUUGGACAGAAAUAAUACUGACCCCAAAAUAUCCUCAGAAGAGGUUUUGAAUAAAAUUCCUGUUACUGAAUUUCUCAAGAUAAUGUCACUUUCAUUAAAUAACGACUGAAAAAGAAUAAAUUAAUUUGGGAUUAUGAUUAGUGACUGGGGGAGAUAUUAAGCUUAUUUAACAAUCAGUUUGACAGGGGCACUGACCAAUACGAAUGAACAUGGGCCAUCAAUGACUAGUCUUGUCCCACUGCUAAUGGCAGUUGGCACUCUGACCUAUUUGGACCACAUGAUAAGUCACAUUUUUCUUUACGAGGUGCCUAUUUGGUCUAAGCUAGAUAAAAACAGAUUUUUUUUUAACCAAAUAACCUACAAAAUUCUAUAGGGCACGUCAAAAUGUUUUCCUGGUAUUGUUUUGCAUGGUAGCUAAUAGUUUUCUGAAGCUACAAGAUGAUGUGUUUUGAACAACAGGAAUGGUUUCUAACUGCAUAAUAUUAUUGACAAAAUAUGUUUAGGUAUUGUGAAUGAUUUUUGUCUGAAUACUAACAUUUUUCAAAUAUUUUAAAAAAUAUAUAUUUUACAAAUAUAAAUGAUUGUGGUUCAUAGUUUGGGAGCUUAGUUUAAUACUUAGGGGUAGACAAGAUUACUGGAAUUAUUUUUUUGAUUGACAGGCAAGACUUUGUUUUAUGGUUCCAUUUCUUCCUGGAAGUUCUCGUAGAGCUUAUAUCUAGUAGACAUCUCAGAUGAAAUGUGCUAACAAAUUUAGUUCUACUGGACUAAAUUUAAAAUUAAUAAGUGAAUCAAUCACUUAAUAGAACACUGAGUGUGGAGAGGACAAGGUACAAGAUAAAUAAGAAACAGUUUCUUUUUCUUGCCCUCGGAGAGGUUCUAACUCAGUAUCUUUCAACCAUGCAUUAUACAUACCACAGUUGAUGGAAUCUAAAAUGCCGCCUUGUAAAUGAUGCACCAUUAAUUUAUAUACCACUGAAAAACAAGAAGAAUAUUGCCACUUAGAGUUGUAAAGAUGCCAUUGGAUGUAAGAUUUAUUUCUAAUUUCAGAGAUGUUAAAUUAUGAAAUCUGGUAAGUAUUGGAUUGUAGGAGGUUGAAAAGUGAUGAAAAAACAUAGUUCAUGGCAACUACUUUUGUUUUGAUUGUGUAUUUUGUUUAAUACUUGAAUUGUUUCUAUAGCGCAGUUAUAGCAGUCUUUAAAUUUACUUUCAUUACAAAUAUUUGUCAAGUUUUGUUUCAGAAACACUUUUCCUACUCUCUUGCAUCAUGCACCUAGACACACUACAAAAAACUAAUUCAUAACACAGUAAGGACAAACAUUAUUCAUGUAAACAUCUUUCAUUAAUUUCCCAUAAUUUAAAAAAAUCAUAGAAUUAUAGAUAUUGAAAAA